GCCCCAUCAUUAACUCCUGAGACUUCAUUUUAACUCUGCGGUCAUGGGGAAAGGCUUUUAUAUCAGUAAGCCUUUAGGGUUUGUGCUAUUUGGGUUGGGCGUUGGGGCCGUGCUCACCAUUUUUGCUUUGUCAGUGGUCUAUUCUCAAGAGAAACGGAAAAACGAGGUAAAUGCCAGAGACGGGACCCGCAUGGUGACGACUGCAGCACCCCACAGCACCUCAGCUCCAUCGAACGAGCCCUGGGACAAGUACAGACUGCCUGACACCCUUCUUCCUGCAUACUACAACGUGACGCUUUGGCCUCGGUUGGUGCCGGACGAGCAGGGAAUGUACAUUUUCACUGGGAAAUCCGGAGUUGCAUUGACGUGCGUCAAGGAAACCAACCUGAUCAUUAUUCAUUCCAAUGAGCUGAACUUCACCUUGACCUCGGAGAUGCACCAUGCAAAGCUAGCGGGUUUGGGAGGGACAAGCGCUCCGGUCAUACUGAAAACCUGGUUUCAAAUACAAACACAGUUCAUGGUGAUUCUUCUGAAAGACAACCUCCAAGUUGGAAAAUCGUAUUGGCUCUACAUGGAAUUCCGUGGAGAGCUGUCCGAUGACCUAGGAGGAUUUUACAGAAGCCAGUACACAGAAAAUGGUGUAAAAAAAGUUGUUGCCACAACACAAAUGCAGCCCACUGCCGCCCGGAACGCUUUCCCCUGCUUUGAUGAGCCGUCAAUGAAGGCUGUCUUCCAUCUGACUCUCCUACACCCUCCUGGAACUGUGGCCCUCGCUAAUGGCAUGGAGCUGGACACUGAAAACGUCACCAUAGACGAUCAAGAGGUUUUACAGACCAGAUUUGAGCCAACUGAAAAAAUGUCGACAUAUCUGUUGGCCUUUGUCAUCAGUGAAUUUACCAACUUACGAUCCCCUUCAGAGGCCAAUGUUUUGAUCAGAAUAUGGGGACGUAGAGAAGCCAUUGAAAGUGGACAGGGAGAUUAUGCCCUUAGUGUGACAUUCCCUAUUUUGAAGUAUUUAGAAAACUAUUACAACACCACAUACCCCCUGUCCAAAUCAGACCAAGUCGCUCUGCCUGAUUUCGCUGCUGGAGCCAUGGAAAACUGGGGUCUGGUCACAUACAGAGAGCAAUCGCUUUUCUACGAUCCUAAAGUGUCCUCUAAUGAAGAUAAAGAAUGGGUGGUCACUGUAAUCACACAUGAACUUGCACACAUGUGGUUUGGGAACCUCGUGACCAUGAGAUGGUGGAACGACCUGUGGCUCAAUGAAGGUUUUGCAAGUUAUGUUUCAUAUCUUGGAGCUGAUUAUGCUGAACCCACCUGGAAUAUUAAAGAUCUGAUGGUGCUGCAACAGGUUCAGAGGGCGUUUGGCGUCGACGCUCUUGUUUCCUCUCACCCGCUUUCUUCACGUGAGGAUGAAGUCAUCACACCGGAUCAAAUCGAUCAGCUAUUUGAUACCAUCACUUAUAGCAAGGGGGCUGCUGUACUGAGAAUGCUGUCUGAGUUUCUGACAGAGUCCGCCUUUGCUAAAGGACUUCAUAACUAUUUGCAUGAGUAUGCAUACAGCAACACUGUGUACACAGAUCUUUGGAAAAAACUACAGGAAGUUGUAGACGCAGAUUCAAGCAUCCAGCUCCCAGCCUCAAUCAAUGAAAUCAUGAAUCGCUGGAUUCUUCAGAUGGGUUUCCCUGUCGUAACUAUUAACACUCGAACAGGAAUUAUCUCUCAGCAGCACUUCCUGAUACACCCAGAUGCAGUAGUGGACAAGCCAUCUGACUACAAUUAUGAAUGGUUUGUGCCAAUCACAUGGAUGAAGAGUGGCAGUAACAUGGGCCAGCACUGGCUACUUACUAAAACAGCUUCAUAUGAGCCCAUGAAGACAGAUACUGACUGGUUAUUGGCCAAUCUGAAUGUCACAGGAUACUACAGGGUUAAUUAUGAUCCCCAGAACUGGGAACGUCUCCUCACACAACUGACUGCAGAUCAUAAAAUUAUUCCAGUUCUUAAUAGGGGCCAGAUCAUCGAUGAUGCAUUUAAUUUGGCGAGGGCACAGAUAAUCAACAUAACCUUGGCUCUGAGAACAACCAAGUAUCUGUACGAGGAGAAGGAGUACAUACCGUGGGAAUCUGCAAUAAGAAAUUUUGAGUACUUUUUCCUCAUGUUUGACCGAACAGAAGUCUAUGGACCUUUGCAGACUUACCUGCAGAGAAAGGUGAAACCUCUUUUUGACCACUUCAAAGUUAUCACAUCAAACUGGACUCGGAAACCCCCAAGAUACAUGGACCAAUACAAUCAAAUAAACGCAGUCUCAAUGGCCUGCAAAACUGGAGUAAAGGGAUGUUCAGAGCUCACUAGAAUGUGGUACAGACAGUGGAUGAAGAACCCUGACAGUAACCCAAUUCCCACAAAUCUGAAGAUCACUGUGUACUGUAAUGCCAUUGCCGCUGGUGGUGUUGAGGAGUGGGAUUUUGGAUGGCAGAUGUUCAAGAACAGUACCAUUGCUGCAGAGGCAGAGAAGCUGUUAUAUGGUCUAUCAUGCACUAAAGAGCCCUGGCUGUUAAACAGGUACUUGGAAUUCACAAUAGAGCCAAAUCUGGUCAGGAAGCAGGACGUUGCCUUCGCCAUUGUGUAUAUUUCAGGCAAUGUCAUAGGGCAGCCGUUGGUUUGGGACUUUGUCAGAGCCAACUGGGAACAUUUAACUAAAGAUUAUGAUGAUGGAUCCUUCUUUUUUGGAAGACUGAUCCGAGGCAUCACAAGAAAGUUUUCUACAGAAUUUGACCUGCAACAGUUGCAGCGAUUUAAAGAGGACAUUGCAGCAAGCAGUUUUAGUUUUGGUACGCAAGCAAUAGAGCAGGCCAUUGAACAGACAAAAGCCAACAUUAAAUGGGUAUCAGAAAACAAAGUGCAAGUGAUGAACUGGCUGAUUGAACAGUCAGCCUAAUCACUCUCAUUAUAAAUGUUUCUGUAUAAUAUUUUCAUACUUAACAUAAGUAUUGCAUAUAUUUAUAUUUUGAAGAUAAAUACAGACAUUUUCUUAUCAAGUUUGAUUAUCAGCUGUUCUGUGCCUUUGAUUAUUAAA